CCCAACAGAAGAGCGGCCGGUGCUGGUGUGUUUAUACAGUGCAGCUGUCAAAGAGCUGUGAUGCUUAACACACACAAGUUAUAACAACAAGAACCAACUGGACUUUUUCUCAGUUAAACGUACUUAGAAAUAAUAAAGUGAUAUUUAGUUAGCACCCGACAAAACGCCUCUAAUUCUACACCAGCAUCUUCUGACUGAACAGUAACACUCUGCUGGUAAUCAGAGAGAGAGAGCUGAGUUACCCAGUGCCAUGUGUGUGUGCGCACGCGCAUGUGAAAGGAAAAAGGAACUAAAGUCACUGAAGUGUGAUUAAAAGAAAAAUAAGUAUGCACUUCGAGUUGUGAAACCAGUUUCCGAGGUCCUCAUUCCCUAAACAGCAAGAGUGGUAGUCAUAUGCUAUUAUUUUUGCAGUCAUGUGGUUCUCCAUAUCAUAUUAUUGACUAAGUGAACCCUGAAAAAAGUCCUGAAAGCAGUUUGGCUCAGCGACUAGUCACAAUACACCUCAUCCUGGAGUUUCUCUGUUUGGACUUGUGGACACUAUGGUUUGAUGAGCAUAUCUUAAAACUGUUGCACUUGAACAUUUACCAUGGUCCUGCAUGAUGAAUGGUCUAUUAACUCUACUGUGGAGGAUCAGGAAGAAGAGGAAACACCACUGCUGCAGAAACAAGCAGAACAAUAUACAGUGUCUCCUCAGUGCUGCUCUGUACGAUACAACCUGGCCUUCAUGAUGUUCCUUGGCUUUGCUGUGGUGUAUGGGCUCCGGGUCAAUCUCAGUGUCGCCAUGGUCGCUAUGGUCAAUACAACCCAGCCAUCUUUCAAUGAGAGUGAAUCAAAUGAAUGCCCAGCAUCUUCUACCUCUAACAACAGCAGUGAAAAUCCUGAUAAGUCAGAUGGGGCACCAAAAUACCCAUGGACUCCUCAGACUCAGGGAGUACUACUGGGUGCAUUCUUCUUUGGGUACCUUUUCACCCAGGUCCCCGGAGGCUAUCUGUCAGGUCGCUGUGGUGGGAGCAAAUUUCUUGGAGGAGGGGUUUUGGGUACAGCUGUCCUCACCAUCCUCACUCCUCUAGCUGCUGAACUUGGGGUUAAUUGGCUGUGUGCACUAAGGGUUCUGGAGGGUUUGGGAGAGGGUGUGACAUUCCCUGCCAUGAUGGCUAUGUGGGCCUGUUGGGCCCCUCCGUUGGAAAGAAGUCGUCUGAUUACGAUCUCAGGAGCAGGAGGAAAUUUUGGUGCUUUCAUUGCUUUCCCUCUCACAGGCUUCAUAUGUCACAGUCUGGGGUGGCCUGCAGUCUUCUACAUAUGUGGGGGAGCAGGAUGUCUUUGGGCAGUACUAUGGUUCAUCAUGGUGUCAGAUGAACCUCGCACACAUUCAAGAAUAAGUGACCGAGAAAGAAAAUACAUUAUCAAUUCUAUAGGCUCAGAGGGAGGUUCCCAUGGUUGGUCAGUGCCAUUGCGCCCCAUGGUGUGCUCAAGCCCUUUCUGGGCCAUCAUCAUCACACAGGUGUGCGCUAACUGGUCUUACUACACUCUGCUUACCUCGCUGCCUACCUACAUGGACACAGUGCUGCACUUUGACCUGCGCCAGAACUCCUUCCUGUCGGCGUUACCCUACUUGGGUGGCUGGUUGUUCUCCGUGCUCUCAGGUGUUUGUGCUGACUAUCUUUUGGAGAGGGAGGUGCUAAGUGUAACCGCUGUCCGGAAAAUCUUCACUUUUGUAGGUUUGCUCAUACCAGCAGGACUCCUGGUUGCUGUUGGAUACUCCGGGUGCAGUGGCAUCCUAGCUGUUACCUUUCUCACUCUGUCCACCACUCUUGGGGGCAUCAGUGCAGCUGGAGUCUUCGUUAACCUGAUCGAUAUUGCUCCUCAGUAUGUUGGCAUACUGCAUGGGAUCACCAACACUUUAGGCACUAUCCCCGGAGUACUAGCCCCAAUCGCAGUCGGUCAACUUGCCAAAGAUCAUACUCUGAUGGGCUGGAGGAAGGUCUUCUAUCUGUCAGCAGGACUGUGUGUAUUUGGAGCCUUUUAUUACACAUUGUUCGGCUCAGGAAAGAUCCAAACUUGGGCAAUAAGGGACAACCAGACAGAAACGGAGACCGAAAGAAAGCAUUAAACUUGUUCUGGAAAGGACACUAUUCGAAUUAAGUUAUUUAAAAUUAAUUUUAAAGGACUUUAAUUACUUUGUUCUUAAUAUAUGUGAAAAAAGAACAAUGAUGUAAAUGUUUGUUUAUAUACUUGAUGUUUGUCUAAUCAAUAAUAUCCUUGUUUUAUCUGAAAGUAAGGACCAUUCCUUGGGAAUAACUGUCACCUCUUGUACUGGAAUGUCUCCUAUAUUUUAUUUGACUUUAUAGAAAAUCUCAUUUUGUGAAACACCAGCACCACCUUUACAAUGUGUGGCAGUUCUUGCACCUACACAAUUUUUCAAACCAUUUGUUUUACUUCAACAAUUUGUAUGUUUAUGGAAAUUUAUAGCUUUUCUUACAUUUUUUUAAUUAAAAAAAAAAAGUUAACAUGGAAAAUUUUUAAGCCACUGUUUACAAACAUUAUAGCAUGUAAACACAUUGGAGUUUUACAUACUGUAAAUUUAUUUCACAGAUCUUCAUGGAAAGUUGACUGAUUUUUUUUUUUAAUUUGUAUUUUUCUUGUUGAUCCUAUAUUAAUCCUUUUUAAUAUGUAGCAGCUUUAGUAAACUGCAGUGCAUCAUAUAUCUCAUGGUAAAUGUAAAGAUAAGAAAGUAAUGAUUCAUGCUGUGAUCCUAUUUUCAUUUGUUUACAAUAAUGGCUACCGAGAUGUCUUAAAUUUGUUU